AUGUCGCUUCCUGCUGCUGCCAAGAGCUACCUAUCGCUGAUCGCUACCCGACGAUCCACCUACACGCUCGCCAAGGAGCCCUCGAUCCUCAACGUCGACCAGAUCCACUCGAUCCUCAGCUCGGUCCUCGAGUACUCGCCUUCGUCGUUCAACUGCAAGUCUCCUCGUCUGGUGCUCCUCCUCGGUGCUGACCACGAUGAGUACUGGGGCACCACCAUCCCCAACGCCCUGACUUCGAUCAUGAAGUCGCACGGUGCUGGUGAAGAGGCGAUCAAGGCCGCCACUGGACGACUGGCCAUGUUCAAGCCCGCUUUCGGCACCGUCGUCUUCUUCGAGUCGAGCGCGGUGGUCGAGGAGCAGCAGAAGAACAUGCCCCAGUACAAGGACAACUUCCCCAUCUGGAGCGAACACGCCACCGGCAUCGCCCAGACCAACGCCUGGUCCGCACUCACCAACGCCGGUUACGGCGCCAACCUGCAGCACUACGCCAACCUCGGCGAACAGGCGCUCAAGGAAAAGUACAACCUGCCCAGCGACUGGAAGCCCAAGGCAGAGCUCGUGUUCGGCGCCAAGACCGCCGAACCCCAGCCCAAGGAGUACAACGCCGAGGAGGAGAACAAGAACCGCCUCCACGUCUUCGGUGCCUAA